UAUUUUAUCUCUAUGUCACCUAAGAAAAAAGUUUCUCCAAAGAAAAGGUCUGCUCCACGUCCCAUUCAUUAUGCAAAGCGUACAAAGCCAGAGGAUGACAAAAAUGGAUUUGUGAAUAAAUUGGCAGCACUUGGAGGAGCUUUAAAUGGUGGGAAUGAUAAUGCAGGGCCAAGCAGCGAUGGGACAGUUAACCGAGAAUCAAAUGCUGUCGUGAUGCGUUUGUUUGGUGUAACAGAUAAGGGAAACUCAGUAGCUGUUUGUGUUUUUGGAUAUCGACCUUAUUUCUUUGCAUCCGUUCCACCUUCAUUUGGUGCACAACAUAUACAGAAAACAAUUGAGCUUUUAAAUUCGCAUAUCAAGGUUCUGAUUAAAACUUGUUAAAAUUCAAUAAAAUUAAGGGGGGUUUGGGGACGGUGACUGGAAUUGAAAUUGUACAAGGAUCGAGCCUAUAUUAUUACAGCAACACAAAUACUAAAAGAAAUUUUUUAAAAAUAUUUAUCAGUUCUCAUCGACUUUUUACUGCAUGCCGAGGUGCCUUAUAUCUUAUUGACAAAAUGCUUGCCUCAGAAUCAGUUGAUUUAAAAAGAACAGAAAGUUGUCAUGCAUUUGAAUCUAAUUUGGAUUAUGAA